AUGGGUUGUGGAUACGGUAAAGUUGUGCCAGAGGGGUCUGCGGUGGGCUACGUGAGCGUGGUGCAGUCUUUGGUGGCUUUUUCUCGAGCGCGUGAAGAUAAAGAUGAAACGGGGAAGAAAUUGGAAAAGCAGAAAAGAUUUUGGUUUGGAGGUAACGCCAAGAAUCGCCAGGAAAAGGAGCGUCGGCCUUCAAAAAACACGAGAGACACAGGACACAGGGUCAAGACUAAAACGUAUAAAGACAAGUUUGAUCCAAGAGUCACUGCCAGGUACGAUAUCAAGGCUCUGAUUGGCCGCGGCCGCUUCAGUCGUGUGGUGCGCGUGGAGCACAGAGCGACCCGCCGGCCCUUCGCCAUAAAAAUGAUGGAGGUGGAAUUUCCCGAGGGCCGCGAAGUGUGCGUGACCGAGCUGACCGUGCUAAAGCGGGUCAGCCAUCCAAACAUCGUCCGUAUGGUGGAGGUUUUCCAAUUCCCCCACAGAGUUUACACGGUGCUGGAGCUCGCGACCGGCGGCGAACUCCUGGACCGAGUCGUGAGCAGGGGCCAUUUUACGGAACGCGACGCCACCAGAGCGAUCAAAAUGGUGCUCGCCGCUGUUAGCUACCUCCACAGUAUCGGCAUAACGCAUCGAGAUCUGAAACCAGAGAACUUGCUGUACUACCAUCCAGGAUCGAACUCCAGAUUGCUCGUAACGGACUUCGGCUUGGCUUCGUUUAGCGACAAAACCAGCGAGCAUUUAGGUAGCAGCGACAGUUCCAGCGUGGGUACUUCCUGGUCUUGGCGGAGUACGUGUGGAACGCCCGAGUACAAGGCUCCUGAAGUCGUGCAAAGGAAACCCCAUUGCAGCGCGGUGGAUCUGUGGGCGAUGGGCGUCAUAGCGUUCAUCGUUCUGAGCGGGUCCAUGCCGUUUGAAGACGAGAGUCGAACCGGACUCUACCGCGCCAUAAUACGAGGGAAAUACAGCUACAGCGGAGAUCCCUGGCCUUGCGUCUCAAACCAGGCCAAAGACUUCAUCUCCGGGCUUCUCCGCGUGGACCCCGGCGCUCGACUCACCGCGGAACAGGCCCUGAAGCACCCGUGGGUGGCCUCCGAAGCGCCCGCCUCCUCCUGCACCAACCUGCACCGGCCCAUCUCCCACAACCUGAGGCAGAGGGGGUCCCGGGGCAGCUCCAGAUGCAGCGGGGAACGAAACAGCGCGAAGGAGCGGAGAGAGAGGAGGAGUCAGCCACCCUGGCCUUGCGUCUCAAACCAGGCCAAAGACUUCAUCUCCGGGCUUCUCCGCGUGGACCCCGGCGCUCGACUCACCGCGGAACAGGCCCUGAAGCACCCGUGGGUGGCCUCCGAAGCGCCCGCCUCCUCCUGCACCAACCUGCACCGGCCCAUCUCCCACAACCUGAGGCAGAGGGGGUCCCGGGGCAGCUCCAGAUGCAGCGGGGAACGAAACAGCGCGAAGGAGCGGAGAGAGAGGAGGAGUCAGCCAGUAUGA